AUGAGUAGCCCGCGCUGCGCCCCGCUGCUGUUCCUGCUGCUGCUGCCGCCGUUGCUGCUCGAGCCCCACGCGGGGGACGCCGCCGUCAUCACCGGGGCCUGCGACAAGGACCCCCAGUGUGGUGGAGGCAUGUGCUGUGCUGUUAGUAUCUGGGUUAAGAGCAUACGGAUUUGCACACCGAUGGGCAAAGUGGGAGACAGCUGCCAUCCGCUGACUCGUAAAAACCAUUUUGGAAAUGGAAGGCAGGAAAGAAGAAAGAGGAAGAGAAGAAAAAGGAAAAAAGGAGGUAAGAAGAACGUUCCAUUUUUUGGACGGAGAAUGCAUCACACGUGUCCAUGCAUGCCCGGCUUAGCCUGUUCACGGACUUCGUUUAACCGAUAUACUUGUUUAGCCCGAAAGUAA